UCUGCAGCAAGUGGCAGCGGGAAGGGCGGCGGCGCCGUCACGUGAGGGUCGUUCCUGCUCCCGGAGCCGGCGCAGCCUCGCCGCCGUCGACCCCGGCCCGGUCCCCAGCUCCGCCGCGCCUCGCCCCGCGCUCCCAUGCCCAGCAGUGAGGCGGUGCCGCUGGGGCUGGGCGCCUGCCGCAGGUCGGGGGCGCUGGGCGGGAUGCUGGCGCUGGUGGCGCGGGUGCUGGAGUGGCUGCGGUCGCUGUUCUGGAAGGAGGAGAUGGAGCUCACCCUGGUGGGGCUGCAGUACUCGGGCAAGACCACGCUGCUCACCGUGUUGGCGUCAGGGCAGUUCACAGAAGAUAUGAUUCCUACAGUAGGCUUCAAUAUGAGAAAAAUAACAAAAGGAAACGUUACCAUAAAGGUAUGGGACAUUGGAGGGCAGCCAAGGUUUCGAAGUAUGUGGGAGCGUUACUGCAGAGGAGUCAAUGCAGUUGUUUACAUGGUGGAUGCAGCAGACUUAGAAAAAGUAGAAGCUUCAAAGAAUGAGCUACACAGUUUGAUAGAUAAACCACAAUUGCAUGGAAUUCCAGUGUUAGUCCUUGGAAAUAAAAGAGACCUCCCAGGUGCACUGGAUGAAAAGCAGUUAAUUGAGAAAUUAAACCUUUCAGCAAUUCAAGACAGAGAAAUCUGCUGCUAUUCUAUUUCCUGUAAAGAGAAGGAUAACAUUGACAUAACACUACAAUGGCUUAUUCAGCACUCCAAAUCAAGACACUGUUGAAGAAACUUUUUCCUGAGGAUAACUCCCAAUCACUUUGACUCCUGUCACCUACACACAACUGAAAAGAUAAAGAAUACAACUGUGUAUUACCAGGACUCACCGUGGUCGUAUUUGUUAACAGAAGUAAAACUGAGUUAUAGCUUGUCUCUCUAUUUUGGUUCUUUUUAUUGUUUUGUUUUUGUUUUUGUUUUUGUUUUUUUUUAAAUCCAGAUAUUUGUUUGUCUAGGUGAAACUCCUGAAUGCCUUAAUACAAGACUGAAAGAAAUCAAUACUUUUCGGGGCUGAAAUGUUUAAGUUUUUGCAUGUGAAUUGUCAAAUACUUAGUAAUUUUUUCUAAUUUGAAACUGAAUAAACUGCACAGUGGAAACA